AUGGAUGUUAACGAAGCUGACAACGAAAUCUGUGGGUUAGAAGUGAUUGUUGCCGAGGGCGGCAAAGCAGCGCCAUGUUGUCCCCACGGUCCAACUUUGCUUUUCGAGAAAGUUCGCAAAGGAGGUGAGAAAGGCAGAAGGUUUUAUGCCUGCUCCGCCUGCAGAGACAGAAAAGACUGCAACUUCUUCCAGUGGGAAGAGGACAAGGUGUCAGAGGCCAGGCGUUUGGCCAGAGAAGCGGAGAACCAGUCAAAGAGAGCUCUGUUCACCACGCAGAACUGCGGCCGGUUUAGAAAGUUUGCCGCCCUCACGCCGGAUGAGAAGAAAUUCUGUCAGGACUGUCAAACGUUGCUCCUGCCUGGAGAGCGAGAGGUCCACUCGUCUCACAGAACCACGGCCGUCUCCGCGGCUCAGCUGAGCCGGCCCAGCGUGCUGUUGCGUCCGCUGGACAACAAGAAAAGUAAUGCGCAGUACCUGUUCACCGACCGCAGCUCCAACUUUCUGCUGGACACCCUGGCUGGUCUGGGUUUCAGGAAGGUGCUGUGUGUGGGCACACCAAGACUUCAGGAGCUGAUCAAGUUGCGAAACCUUGAGCAGAAACAUCAGAUGAAGAGUCUGCUGCUGGACAUUGACCACAGAUACAGUCAGUUCUACAGCAAGAAUGAAUUCUGUCACUACAACAUGUUCAACCAUCACUUCUUUGAUGGAAAGGUGUCCGGUGCAGAGCUACAGGCCUUCCUCACAGAGAGCGAGGGCCAGAAAGUGGUUAUGGUGGCCGACCCUCCGUUCGGUGGCCUGGUGACCCCACUGGCCAAAAGCUUCUCACUGAUCUCACAGACAUGGAGGAAGCUGCAACAUUCAGACUGCAGUAACGCUGACAUUCCCAUGAUGUGGAUCUUCCCAUAUUUCUUUGAGCCUCGCAUCCUACAGUGUCUCCCCUCAUGCACUAUGCUGGACUACCAGGUGGACUAUGACAACCAUCCUCUGUACAAACACGGGAAGACGGGCAGGAAGCAGUCUCCUGUCAGAGUGUUCACCAACAUCUCCCCCAGAGACAUCGUCCUGCCAAAAGAUGAGGGAUACAGAUUCUGCUCUGUGUGUCAGAGAUUCGUCAUAUCCCUCAACAAGCACUGUGCUAAAUGCAAUAUUUGUCCAUCCAAGGAUGGCCGAGAAUGGAAGCACUGCUCUACGUGUGAGAAAUGUGUGAAACCAUCCUGGAGACACUGCCAGCACUGCGGCCGCUGUGCCCUCCCUGACCACCCAUGUGGAGACGGUCCAGGGGAUAAGGGCUGCUUCAACUGUGGCAGCCUGGAGCACAAGCGCAAAGCGUGCCUUCUCAAAGACACACACAGGAUCAACCGUCAGUCUAAUGCCAAGAGUCGAGGCAAACGUGUAUCCCAACGGGCCCUGUCGAAGCCUAAAGCCAAGAGGUCUGGAGCAGCUUGCAGGCACAAGAAGCUGGCAGCUCUGUCCAAGUGACCUCCGCACGCAUGCAGUCUCGUCAGUUGAGUUAUUGUAUAUGAACUCAGAUAUUGUACUCUUUACACCCUUUCGCUGAUUAAUAAACUUAAAAGGAGAA